GUUGACUAUUGCCUAAAUAUCAACUCACCCCAUAAAUAUCAAGAAUCAUUCAAAAAAAUGAAAAUGAAAACUAGAUAAAAAAAUUUCUUGUUCAUUAGAAAGAAAAAAAACACACACACACACAGAGUCAUGGCAGGAUCAGAAAGUGAAGAGGUAAAGAUUUUAGGUGGAUGGCCAGCAUGGCCAAGUCCAUUUGUGAUGAGGGCUAGAGUUGCACUCAACAUAAAAUCAGUCAAUUAUGAAUUUCUUGAACAACCAUAUGGUACUAAAAGUGAACUUCUUUUAAAAUCAAAUCCGGUUUACAAGAAAGUUCCUGUAUUGAUUCAUGGUGAUAAAUCCAUCUGUGAAUCAAUGAACAUUGUUCAAUACAUUGAUGAUGUUUGGUCUUCUUCUGGACAUUCUAUUAUGCCUUCUGAUCCUUAUGAUGCUUCCAUUGCUCGUUUCUGGGCAACUUACAUUGAUGACAAGUUCUUUCCUUCUUUAAUGGGGAUUGCAAAGAGCAAGGAUGCAGAAGAAUAUACAGCAGCCAUUGAACAAAUGAUUGCAGCGUUUGGCCUACUUGAACAAGCUUAUCAGGAAAUUAGUAAAGGAAAAGACUUUUUCGGUGGAGAAAAAAUUGGGUAUAUUGAUAUUGCAUUUGGGUGUUAUAUUGGUUCGAUUAAAGUUACAGAGAAGAUGAAUGGGAUCAAACUAUUUGAUGAAACAAAAGCUCCAGGGCUUACAAAAUGGGCUGACAAGUUUUGUGCUGAUGAAACAGUUAAACCUGUUGACUUCAUUACCCGAAGGUUUAAUGCAGGAAACCGGAAACCGAAGCUCUCAUGGAGUUUUCUAAGAAGACUUUUGGAUCUAAACCUCCCCUUCAAACUAAAAAAGUUGUAAACAAUGAAAUAUAUUAGACAUCUAUAAGAUUGUGUUUGUUUCCUUUCAGUGUUGUUUGUAGUAAUGCAAACAGUGACUGUAAUAACAGUUACGUCUUUCAUAAAUAAAAUUACAGUAGUAUGUACUGUCUAACCGAGUACUUUCAAGGUUGUACCGUUCUACUAGUCUGAAUUUGCAAUUGUACAUGUUGGUCCUGAUGUUGCCGCAGGCAAAGUGCUGUGAAGUCUAGUAUGAGCAGAAGAUAAAAGGGCACCAAUGAAACAAGUAAUUGCCUGGUACGGCUUACUGGAAGAAGUUUUCAAGAAAUGCAGUUAAUGGGGGAUAGGUAGAAAAUAGUGCAUCUUGAAAUUCCAUCUUGUUCUCAUUUGGGUUAGAAAAGCGUUCCAGGGAGGUUGAAAAGAAAGAAAAAAAAUCUCAGACAAUUUAAGAUUAUAUUUGUAAAAUGGGUCGAUAGGUUUUGUGCUGAUAAUGCAGAGA